AUGGCGACCGGCGCCAGAGGGCUGUGUUGUCCGUUGCCCGCAGCGGCAAUCUGCAUCCUGCAGCUAUAUAAACAGCACGGAUCCUCUCGCCUUUCCCCAGCCCUCAGCUCCUGGUUCUCACUCCAAGCUUGGUACUGGCUACCUCGCCCUUCGUCGCAUUCAACUCUACGCUCUGACUAA